UCCUAACUCACACCACUGAUCGGAGCCAUAAUGAAAGAGCCUGCCCUCCCCAUCUUACCCUCCACUCUUCCUACCGCCCAUCCUUCUCCCCGCCCGGUCCGGUUCCUCGUCAUCGGUGCGGGAUCGCGGGGCAAUGCGUAUGGGCGGGCGGUGACCAGCUCCACCGCGGGGAUCAUGCACGCUGUCGCCGAACCCCAUCCCUUCAAGCGUCGCCAAUUCGGCCGCAACUACAUCUGGGGCACCAACAAUCACCCUCAAGAGGGGCAGGAGUUCGCUGACUGGCGCGACUGGCUCGCCUGGGAGGUCCGUCGUCGCGAGCUGGCCUCGUCUCCUGGAGCAGCCGCAGCCGCAGCAGGGGUGGACGGAGUCUUCAUCUGCACCCUCGACGAAACGCACGUGGAGAUCAUCCACGCUCUCGCCCCUCUCCGCCUGCACAUCCUGUGCGAGAAACCGCUCGCCCUCUCGCUGACCGACUGCCUCGGCGUCUACCGCGCCCUGCAACCCAACACCGCCACCUCCAUCUUCUCCAUCGGCCACGUCCUCCGCUACAGCCCGCACAACAUCCUCCUCCGGCGCCUCCUCCUCACCGACCGCGUCAUCGGCGACAUCGUGUCCCUGGAACACUGCGAGCCCGUGGGCUGGUGGCACUUCGCGCACAGCUACGUCCGCGGCAACUGGCGGCGCGCGACGCCCGCGGGCGAUGGCUCGCUGCUGACCAAAUCGUGCCACGAUAUCGAUUUCAUCAUGUGGCUCCUCGCCUCCCCUGUUGCACCUCCCAGCACAUGCACAACAACACCCCCGCAGCCGCACCACCCCCGCACCAUCACCUCCACCGGCUCACUGACCCAAUUCCGCCCGCACCGCAAACCCCGCGCCGCCGGCGCCGCGACCAACUGCCUCGCCUGCCCCGCCGAGCGGGACUGCAAGUACAGCGCCGUGCAGAUCUACCACGAGCGGCACGUGGCCCGCGGCGAGUUCGACUGGCCCGUCAACAUCGUGUGCCCGGAUAUCGAGGACGUCGUGGCGCCGUACCUUGCCCCCGCCAAUGCUGCUGCUGCUGCUGCUGCUGCUGCUGCUGCUUCUCAUCCCCCCACCCCCGAAGCAAUCGCAGCAGCAUCCACACACCUCCUCGCCCGCCUCCGCGCCUCGCGCCCCCUCUCCCGGACGGAACCCGGCGGGCCCCCGUCCUACGGCCACUGCGUCUACGAAGCCGACAAUAACGUCUGCGACGACCAGGUGGUGACGAUCACGUGGGCCGAUCAAACGGAUCCGACGGAUCCGACGGAUUCGUCACAGCAACAGGCAGCGACGGCGACGGCCAAAACCGCCGUCUUCCACAUGAUCGCGCCGACGGAGAAGCAGUGCGAGCGGCGCGGCCGCGUCUACGGCACCGAGGGCGAGCUGGCGUACGACGGGCGGCGCAUCGAGUACUUCCGGUUCGCGACGGGGCAGACGACGGGCCUCGACGUGCCGAAGCAGCCGCCGGAGGAGGAGAGGGCGCACGGCGGCGGGGACUAUGGGCUGGCGCGCGGGUUCGUGGCGGCCGUGGACGCGGUGGUCAACGGCGGGUGGGCGGCGGAGAAGGCGCAGGCGCGGUUCGUCGGGUGUACGUUGGAGGAGGCGGUGCGGAGUCAUGCGGUGGUGUUUGCGGCGGAGGAGGCGCGGCGGGAGGAGAAGGUGGUCAAGUGGGCGGAGUGGUGGGAGGGGAAGUUGGGGGGUUCUUCGUGAUAGGUUUCCAGGCGGUGUUGCUGAUGGUUUUG